UACACAAACACACACACACACACACACACACACACACACACACACACACACACAUACAACACAUUAAUAUAGCAUGGAGGUGUGUGAUGUAUCAGGCACCAGGAGGAAGAGGCGGAGGAAGAGGAGGAGUAGAACUACAGGGCCUAGCAGUGUGGAGGAUUACCAAGACCAAGUGGACUACCAUCAUCCAUCAAACCAUUGUGGACCCUCCAAGAGAAAGCAACCAUUAAUAGACCACAAGAAACAACAGUUUCCGUGUCAGAGAAUCUCCUGGACGUUGGCUCGUAAGACCGCCGUGGCACGUCUGAACGAGCUGACACCUGGUCUGCACUACGAGGUUACAUCAAAGACCGGACCCCCGCAUGCUCCUGUGUUUUCCGUGGGUGUGGAUGUGAGUGGUCUUCACUUUGAAGGCCGUGGGGCCACAAAGAAAAAGGCUAAGAUGAGGGCUGCUGAGAUAGCCCUUAAGUCCUUCAUCCAGUUCCCGGAUUGCUCACAGGCUCACACCACCAUGGAGGACAUCAGGACCACCAGUGCGGAUUACACGAGAGACCACUUGGACCAGUUUGAAGUGUUUGGUUCAGAGGAUGAACGCUGCACCUUCAUCAUGGAAAAGAAGAAGGAGGUCUUCACUCAAGUCCUCAGCUCCUCUCUUUUAGGACAUCUUAGUCCGAUGGCGCUGCUCGACAGACUGCGACCAAGACUGCAUUACUUCUGCCUGACAGAGCGACUUCACUGCCGGCCCGCCAGGAGGUUCAUGGGGGUGGUCCGGGUAGACGGGAGGUUCUUUGAGGGGUGCAGCCACAGUAAAAGACUGGCCAAGGAGCGGGCGGCGGCCUUGGCUCUACGCAGCUUGUACAACGUAAGCGUGGGCCCUGACAGGACGCUGCUGGACAUUCACGGCACCACACGGGAACUACCUCUGUUCUUUGCCGAGUCCCUCUUCCAGCUGGUGACACUGAAACGCCACCAGCUGAUGGAUGACAGCGUCUCUGGCCACAAAGUAAUGGCUGCCAUCAUCAUGACCACAGGAUUUGACCCGAGAUCAGCUGAGGUGGUUUCUAUGGCAUCAGGGACCAAACAAUUGGAUGUUUGCAGUCACGACUGUACAGUACGCGACUGUCAUGCCGAGGUCCUCUGUAGGAGGGCGCUGCUGAGAUUCUUCUACGCUCAGCUGGAGCUGCUCAGUCAUCCUGAGUCCAUCUUUGUCCCGUCAACAAGCGGCGGCGUUUUCCGACUGCGAGACGGCGUCCGAUUCCACAUGUACGUGACCUCGUCGCCAUGCGGGGACGCUCGUCUCAACUGUCCCUACGAGACCAACGGCUCAUACGCCAACAGAAGGUUGCACUGUCACCUCAGGAAGAAAGCGAUUGGGGGCGAGGGCACGCUGCCCAUCACAGCCAAUCAGAAGAGAGAGGCUGUGUUGUCGGGUAAACCUGAAGGCAGCAUGUCCUGCACUGACAAAAUAGCAAAGUGGUGUGUUGUCGGCCUGCAGGGGGCGCUCUUGUCACACUUGUUGGAGCCUGUCUACCUGCACAGCCUGACCGUGGGGACGCUGAGUCACACGGGUCACCUGCACCGGGUCAUAACGCGCCGCCUGGCACCCGUCAGACGCCCCCCGUACCCGUACAGACGUCAGCAGCCGCUCCUCGCCUGGGCCCGCAGUGGCGAGCGGCGUGCAGCUGGGAAAGCAUGGGGCGCCAGCAUCAACUGGAGUCUCGGCGAUGAAAACGUGGAGGAGAUCAGCGCGUCGUCAGGCAGACACUCGUGCUGCGGAACCCCGUCGAGGCUCAGUCGACGCCGUUUGUUCGCCCGCUGGCAGUGGCUGCACGAGCAGAUGAGAGGUUGGACGCCAGAGGACGCCGAGAAGACGCACGCCGGCUGGAAGGAGGCAGCCGGACAGUACCAAGGGGUCAUGCAGCGGUUUAAGGAAGCUCUGCAGAGUGCCGGCCUCGGAGUUUGGACCCGGAAAGUUCCAGAAGAAAAGAGUCAUUUUGACGUCAUGGAGGUUUAGCUUAUUAGCACUCAGGUUUCUUAGAGAGGGUGUGAGACACACCUUCAUGACAUCUGCUUGAAAGCAUUAAAGGAAAUGAAUGCUAGCUUGUUGUAAGGCUAGAAUAUUUUAGUUUACUUAUAUUAAUUUACUUUAGCUUACAAAGCAACCAAAACAGUUGUUUUGAUUGUACUCAUUAAAAAAACUUUCCUUGAUCUUCUGUUGAUUGGAUGUAGCUUUUAUCCAUUUGAAUGUUAAAGAUGAGUGAAUACAUGUAAAAAAUAUGUACUACAUCAUGAUUUUCCCUUUAAAUUAGUCUUAUCAUACAUAAUUUAUAUGACAAUUUUGAAUAUACAGGGUGCCAUGCGUGUCUGAACACAAAAUGUAUUAUACAACUAUAAAUUGUAAUCUGAUAGAAAUCUGGUCUUUCGAAUUCAACGAUUAUUUGUAAUCCAUUUUAAAUGACUUAACAUGUUCAAUUUAAUUAUCGUUUAGUUUGUUUAGAGCAGUGAAUCUCAAACUGUGGUACUUGUACCAUCUAGUGGUAUCCCAAAUAAUUACUUAAUUAAAUAUUCAAACCAAGUGUUACUGUUCAAACUCUGUGUAAUGUUACAGUGGCCCAAAAUAUUUAAUAUACUUGUUAGAUAAAAACUUCUGCCUUGUUUUUAAUGAAUAUUUAGACCUACUACGCCGCUGUAUUUUAAUGUUGGGUCAUUAUAGUGGUACUUAGAAUGCCAAGGGUUUUCUGAGGUGGUACUUGGAGAAAAAAAAUUGAGAACCACUGGUUUAGUGUAAUUUUUUCAUUAACUAAUUAUUAUCUAAUUAAUUACAACCUUUUUUUGUGUAUAUUUAUACGUCCAGAUUUUAGGGCCACUGUAAUAGCAUUUGCGGUCAUGACUGAGGAUCUAAAGAGAUAUCACAAAUAAGUUUUACAAUGAGAUGCAAGGAUGUAAGUAGUCAUGAUUAUUUUAAUGAUUGAAAAGAAAUCAUAAACGUUGAGUGAAGAAGAAAAUUGCUUUAUUAACAUGUAACAACGUGUUACACACCUAACACUGACAAAAAUGCACUUCAAUGAUUUAAAGGUUUUAUUGUGUGUGUUGUGUGAAUACUGUCUAAAGUGUGCUGAGUACUACUACUAGUAUUACUUUGAAUCCAUAAAAGGUAAAUGCUGAUGAACAUGAACAUAGUAUUACUCUUGAAAUAUUUGUCAGUCAAAGUACAUAUUUGGGAUUUCAUUGUGAGGGAAUACAAUGUUUAAAAAUAAAAUACACAAUCAGUCAAAAUGGAUGAAAUACACUUGACGUGAUGCUCUUUAUAUAUUACAUUUCAUAUGAUGAAAAAAAUUUGAAAGAACUUUACAUGAGCUACGCAAGUUAUGACUAACAAACAAUUGACAUUUAACACUUUUGUUGUUCGGAAGUUCCCACAAAAGGCAAAAAUUCACAACUUGUUAUUAAGAAAUCACUACUGAGUGUCUCCUCAUGCUGCUAUGUUAGAAUUUGAAUUUCUACAUUCUCAAUUACUUUCUUCUCCAAUAGGAGAUCUUUCGGAAAAUGUGGGCUUUUCCACUUGUUAUUUUACCAUUUUUUUCUUUUACAGUGAUAAAUAAAUGAUAAAUGGGUUAUACUUGUAAAGCGCUUUUCUACCUUCAAGGUACUCAAAGUGCUUUGAUAGUAUUUCCACAUUCACCCAUUCACACACUGAUGGCGGGAGCUGCCAUGCAAGGCGCUAACCAGCAGCCAUCAGGAGCAAGGGUGAAGUGUCUUGCCCAAGGACACAACGGACAUGACUAGGAUGGCAGAAGGUGGGGAUUGAACCCCAGUAACCAGCAACCUUCCGAUUGCUGGCACAGCCACUCUACCAACUUCGCCAGUGCAAUCUUUUCAAACGUCCCUCUACCGGAAUAGUAACAUUAAUAAAAUUUGCAGAGAUAUAUCGUGUAGCAUGGCAGCAUGCUGAGACAUCAGCGCAUAAUAAAUAAAACAACGUUUAAAACGUAUUACUGUUCCUUUAAAUGUGGGCGAGGCUUCUUUCUGACGCUUUAUGUAAGCUGACACUUUAGGCCAGUAGGGGGCAGCACAUUAGCUAACACUAACUUGGCAAUAUUACGCAUAGACAUCUAUAAGUAGAUCAUAGACAUAUACGAACAGAUCAUAGACAUACAGUAUGCGUAACAAAUAGGGAUGUAUAUCAUUAGGACUUUAUUAAUACUGAUACCAAUAUCGAUAUUACUUAUCGAUACCGGUAUUCUUCAGUACUCUUAUUGGUACUGUAUGUAAUUGGUGUAAAUAAA